GCGGGUGCAGCUCAGCCGCAGGCUCCGCCUUUCCCCUGAUACGCCGGUACCUGGCGCAUUCCCUGUCGCUAGCGGGGCACAUUGACACCGCAUUGGCAGCUGUCCCUCGGCAGCCGGUCCCGCCCCCCGCCGAUUGGCGCACGCACGGUUUGGCCCGGGUCGUCACAGCGGCCCUAAAGCGGUGAAGGGGCGGAGUAAGGGGAGGGUAGCUCUGCUGUCUGACGGCGUUCGGGAGCGGGGCCCGGCCGACCCUGUCGCUCUGCGGUGUCCAUGGGCAGCGUGCGCUGGGCCUUCCCCUGUGCCGCCUGGCGCCCCUGCCGCCAGGAGUGGCUGCUGGCGGCGCGGCUGGUGCAGCCCGAGGAGAAGGACCGCAUCGGCCAGUUUGUCUUUGCCCGCGAUGCCAAAGCCGCAUUGGCUGGUCGCCUGCUGAUGCGGAAGUUAAUUGCAGAGAAGUUGUGCAUACCUUGGAAUGAAAUACACUUGCAAAGGACAUCGAAAGGAAAACCUUUCCUGGCAAAUAACGUACUUAGUAUCUAUUCGAAUUACAGCUUCAACGUCUCUCAUCAAGGAGAUUAUGCAGUUCUUGCAGCUGAGCCUGAGCUUCAAGUUGGCAUCGAUAUCAUGAAGACUAAUUUGCCAGGUAGUAGCUCAAUUCCAAAUUUCUUUCACAUCAUGAAGAGACAGUUCACUGAAACAGAGUGGAGUGUAAUCAAGUCUAUGAGUAAUGAAUGGAUGCAGCUGGAUAUGUUUCAUCGGCACUGGGCCUUGAAGGAAAGCUUCUUAAAGGCUAUUGGAGUAGGAAUUGGCUUUAACUUGCAAAGAAUUGAAUUUAAUGUGUCCCCACUGCAGCUGGAAAUAGGGAAGGUGUAUAAGGAGACAAAAAUGCUUCUGGAUGGAGAUGAAGAAGAAGAGUGGACAUUUGAAGAAACCCGGUUAGAUGACCAUCAUCACGUGGCAGUGGCCCUUGGGAAACAGGAGGGAUUUGUACAGAAGCAUUCUGAUGUAUGUUCCAUGGAGCCUAACCAGCCUCAGUUCACAUUACUGACUUUUGACGAUUUAGUUGCAUCUGGUAUUCCAGUCGCACCUGAGGAUUCUGCAUAUUGGGAUAAUUUUUGUUCUAAGCAGGAGAGUCCAGGGAAACAGAAUUCACUUUCAAGACAAGACUGCUUAUAAGAAGAAAAUUGUCAAAGUUAUCAAGCUGUUACUCUACAUAAUUCAGAGUGUGGGAAUAAGUGCACAUGUGUAAAUUAAACACAUUUUUCCUGAUUUAAACUGACAGUCUGAUUUUUCACCAUUUUAAAAUUUACAUUCUUUAUUAAUAUCUUAAGGAAGAUGCAUGUUUCCCUGCUGAAGGAAUUCUGGGUGAAUAGUCUAAGCUGGCCACAUACUUUUCUGCUUCUCCAUGUGUGUGGUGCUUACACUGCAAUAGUUACCCAUGCAAGGAAGAGGGAGCAGAGCUACAAUAAUGUUGUUGAUUAGUCAACAAGUCUUUAAUAUAUAAAAAUGUGUUUCCAUACUUCAUUUAUGCUGAAGCUUAAAUUAUGGUACUGUCUUUUUCUCGCAUCUGAAGACAGAAUAUUUUAUUGUCUUACAGUGAAUUAAAAUUUCUGGAGAAGUAGAUCUUGAGUGCAUCUUCUGAAUAUUUUGUAUUCUUUUUCAAAACAAAUCGUAUUUUGUACCAAUACCUCCCAGUUUUCUUUCUAGAGGUCAUAGAUACAAUAUGGUCGAUCUAAAUGUGUGGAAAGGUACUGAACAGAAUGAGUCAUACUGAAUGUAAUGAUUUUCACAACUAAAGCCAGUUCUUUUCUGUCCUACAGUUAAGCAUAGAUCUUCAGUAAAUCUGAGUUUGCGUACAACUUGGCUGCAGCCUGUAUUCUGACUAAAGAAGAAUCUACUUGUAGUGUAACCAUUGGAGCCAGGCCUUAUUGCAAAGAUAAAAAAAAGGUUUAGAGGAAGAAGGAUAUGAGCUUGAUAAUAUUAUGCAAGCUUGUGGAUUUUUGCUGUAGAUAAUUUAGAUAUGCUGUUAAAUUUUCCUACUUCUACCGGUUCUUUUUUUCCAUUUUAAUGACACCCUCAUCUGGCAUACUAAUCAUAACUUUUGGUGUUUGGCUUUUUUCCUCCAAAACUACAAAUCAAUGAAACAGUGACUCUUCUCUCCAGACCCUACAGGGGUCAAAUUUUGAAGUGAACAGAAAUACAGAAUAAUUUUAAUACAAAUUUUAAGUCAAAUAUUGUAGACUGGAUUUUUUUGGUUGUGGUUUGUUUUUUGCUUGUUUGUUUGUUUUAAAUUAAAUACAAUUUGCAAUAAAUAAAUGGCACUCUGGAGGCCAGAAAAGGCUAGUCAGUGGAUAUGUAAUGGUAUUACUUCCUGGGGCAGGAUAUUUUAAACUGAGUCAUUGACUCUGUCUAACUCUGUUCUACGUGGAGCGUACUGUAAUCCCAGAUGGGCAAGUGCAUGAUGGUGUUUAAGAGCUAACUAGAAGUGUUCCCAUGCUGAAAGAAAGAAAGGAAGGAUAUGUCUGCCACAGCUUUUGGAAGUCUGCAGAAUAAGGAGGCCUAUUCAGUAAGAGGGGCUGGAAAGUACAGGGUUCCAUGGCUAGCUGGCUGUUAACUGAUCAAGUAUAUGCCAAUCCCCAGCAGUCACUGAGGACCCCAUCAAUCGCAUAUGUACCAGCCAGUUUAAAUUUAAAACUUUUUUGCUGGGACAGUGAAAUUAACAGCAAAUAUGGGGUGAGAAGAGUAGAGAUUUUUCAGAUAUAGAUUUCUGGGGGAAAGGAAUUAGUUUCGUAUUAGAGAUGAGUUAUUUUUGUGUGGUGGCUGUCUCAAAACAAUUUUUCUCUCACUGGAAGGAGUUUAAAAAAUAUUCAUGGAAUUAUAACACUGGAUUUGCAUGUAAGUAAAGGACAAAAUGUUUUUGUUAAAUUAGAAAAUCAUACUUGGUUUGCUUGCCAGCAAUACGAUAAUUUUCAGGGCUAUAUUGAAUUAGAAAAGUUACAAACCCAAGGAGUUUGUUUUGGUUAGCUUUCCAUGAAAUAAAAUCAUAGUUUCUAAUGGCCCAGGCAGUCAUCUAAAAGAUUGCAGUUCCUCACAUCAUGUCUUUUUUCUUAAGUAGCAUUUUUUAAUCUUAAUUAGAUAGCAGUAGGGCUAGGAGAUGGUAAUACAGGAUGAAGAGUCACUUGAGUCAGGUUGUUCAGUGUCACUGCAAAAGGACAGAAGUUUUACACUUGCUUUUACCACCAUGGGAGAGGGCAUCUGUAUAGUUGUGGAAUUACGAGCUAGAAGCACGCUGCUAAAAAGCCAGCAGGACACUGACUCUUUAUGAAUGUGAAUGAUCCUUCUUAAAGUCACUAGAAUGUUUUUCAGGGCAUCUGUGUAGCAUGGAAGCACAUAUUAAAAUAAAUGCUGCUAGCGUGUACAGAUAAAUUCAUGUAAUCUUGCUAGAAUUUAAUUUUCAAAUCAGUUUGAAGAUUUGACUCAACUCUAGGAUUUUUUACUUUUUUAUUAUUAUUUCAUCAUCACACAUUCCCUUAUAUAAAAAAUUGAGCCCUGUAUCCACACGUGGUCAUAAAACUGCCUUCCUUGCAUUCCUUCAGAAUACAGUCUUAAUGUCCAUUAAACCUCUGCAGUUUUCAGCAGUACUGGUCCAGCACGGCUCCAGCUUCCCUCAUUAGUUCAAGUUGUUGGCCUUUUGCAGAUGAAUUGACCUUGGCUCAUCUCCUAUCACUCUUCCAUCUGCAAGAAAUUUCCCAGUUAUGUCUAGAAGCUCUCUGGCCUUCAGGUUCCUUCUCCAAAGCUCCAUUUCUUUAUCUGUUUUGUUUUCUUUACGCUGCCCUAGACAUGGCCAUGCCAUGAACCUGGGUCACAGGGGAUAAGUGUUCAAAGUAAAUUUGCAUCUGUGUGACAAAAUACUGGUGCCAUUUGAUGUGAAAAUCUCUGAUCUAUAUAUUUUAUAUAAUAUGCAAGAUGUAUAUUGUUACUAUAUUACGGGAUCAAAUGCACUGAUGUUGACCAAAUGUACUCAUCUUAGACAAGAAAUAGUAGAGUAACAGCAGAAGCAGUAAUUUAUAUGUUCUUGGAAAUAUUCAGGCAACAACUUACCUUUAAACAAUCAUCUUUGCCCAAGACAUUCCAAUAAAUUUGUAAUCUGCAAAGAAGAUGAUGAUAGGAAUGCAAAGAUAGCUAGCUAUUCAAGUGAGCAGACUGUCUCUUUGUCAGAGCUUUACAAGAUCAUAGUGCUGCAUUCUGCAAAGAAAAGCGGUUUGUGGACAGAAAUGAUACAACCAAGUCUAAAAAGGUAAUUCAGACUUCCCUCCUUAAAUGCUGCCCAAUUGUGCAAGUGGCUGGACAUGCUAAUUUGCACAUCAUGUUCCUCCAGGAUAUGGGUACUUUGGAUUGCUGUACAUUGCACAGAAGAUGUAAGUAUGGAAAUCUGAAUUAUUCUCAAGAGUGCCAACAUUUUAAAAUUUUUUUCAAGAAGUCAUCUUUUGUACUGUGGUAUUUUCUUGUCCUGUGCAUACAGGUUUUUUUAUGGCCAGAUACUGUGUCUAAUUCCUAUUUAUGUUAAGAUUAAUCUCUUUAUUGGAAUAAAAAGUGAGUUA